AUGAGCGCCUGGCUGCCCCGGCGCGCCCUCCCGCCAUUGGCCGAGGCCCGGCGUGGGCGGGGCUCGCGCCGCGCCGCGGCCCGGCGUUGCCAGGGCAACCGCAGGCCCGCGGCCGCGCUGAUCGGUUACCUGCGGGAAGGGCGCGCGGGGCCUCCGUUUCCCCCGGGGCGCUUUGAGGGGAGGUUCGGGGGCUCCGCACAAGGCUCCGCCAUGGGCAGCAAGAAGAAGGAGCUUGCCCUGCAGGUGGGAUUCCGAUUCCGGGGGUGCUGCGGGCUCGCGGCCCUCGGUGUGAGGCUGGGGGGCCGGCGGGGCGGUGAGGAGCAGGUUCACAUCAGCACCCCGGAACUUUGGGAAGAAGUGCUCAGCGCCAAAGGACUCACGGUGGUGGACGUGCACCAGGGCUGGUGCGGGCCCUGCAAGCCCAUGCUGGGCCUCUUCCAGAAGAUGAGCAUGGAGGUGGGGCUGGACCUUCUGCAUUUCGCCCUGGCAGAGGCGGACCGUCUGGACGUGCUGGAGCAGUACCGGGGCAGGUGUGAGCCCACCUUUCUGUUCUACGCCGGGGGGGAGCUGGUGGCCGUGGUCAGGGGCGCGAACGCCCCUCUCCUGCAGAAAACCAUCCUGGAGCAGCUGGAGGCCGAGAAGCGGGUGCUGGCCGGCGGCGGGGAGCGCAAGGCGAUUAAAGACGAGGCUCUUCCUGACGAAGAUGAAUGGCUUCCGCAGGGCGAGGCUGGCGGAGAGGAAGACGUGGUGUCUGUGGAGCAGACCUGCACCCUGGCAAUCAUUAAACCAGACGCCGUGGGCCACGGGAAGGCGGAUGAAAUCGUCAUGAAGAUCCUGGAAGCCGGGUUCGACAUUGUGGCAAAUGAAGAGAGAGUUCUGACAGAGACAGAAAUGCGACUUUUCUACCACCGCAGGGCUGGAGAGGAGGCCUUCGAGACGCUGGUCCAGCACAUGUGCAGCGGGCCCAGCCGCCUCCUGAUCCUCACCGGGGCGGAGGCCGCCCAGGACGUGGUCGGUGCCUGGAGGGGCCUCGUGGGACCCCGCGACCCGGACGUGGCCAGGAGGGAGCAACCCGAAAGUCUCCGGGCUCAGUACGGCACAGAAAUGCCGUUCAAUGCCGUGCAUGGGAGCUGGGACCGGGAAGACGCCGGCAGAGAGCUGGCCUUGCUCUUCCCCAACUUCAAGUUUCCAGACAAGGAGGACACGGAAGCCCUGCGGGGCGCUGAGCCCCCCGCGGCGGGCCCCGAGGACGUGGACGGGGACCCCGGGCCGCUCCCCCAGGCCUGUGAGUAG